AUGCAUGAAACAGAUGAUUACGAGAUGAGGGCCGCUAUCGAGGCUUCUCGAAGGGACAUGGAGCUCUCUCGUCAGCAUGGCAAUUCAUCCAAAGCAUCCCAUCCCACCUUUGUGGAUUUGACCGCCGACUCUGAUCACGACUCGGAUAUCCAAGAGGUUUUCCCUAAGUCAAAGUCUGUGGUCAGCUCUGAGGCGGAAGACGAUCAUGGUGAUGAGGAGCUACAACGAGCUCUGGCGAUGUCCUUGGAGAUUGACAACACCGACGGCAAGGACAAGGUUCCCGAAGACAAGAAACCUGACAUGACUUCCAUUGCUACCCAAGCUAGCUCUGUUCCAGUGGGACUGUCUGGACUUGACCGAAAGCAGAUGGAACAAGAACGUCUCGCUCGUCUUGCUAAGCGCAAGGCCGUCGACGAUGCAGCUUCCCCAGAAAUCCAACCCCAUCGAAAGAUUACCAAAGUCGCGCCUCCUUCAACGGAGUCUCCUUCGGUUCGUCAGCCGGUUAUUUCUCAGCAGCAUCUUGUGUCAAGUCCCAUCCCUCGAGCGGAUGCUGUUCCCAAACAACGCACAUAUGUCUGCCCCCAGACUGCGGCAAAUGCACCGGGUCUUGAUAUCCAGCCAACUGCCCGCCCCAUGAUCCAGUGGCCGCUCGGCGCCGUCAAGAAAACGGCACUAGAUGGCUUUCCUCGCCAGGGAAAUGAUAUCACCAUCGAAGAAGUCAUCCAACGAAGCGAGCUAGAGCUCGCUAUCUUCAGCUCGUUUUUGUGGGAUAUGGAGUGGCUGUUCACGAAGCUUGACAUCCAGAAGACUAGAUUUAUGCUUGUGAUGCAGGCGAAUGAUCAAUCUCUGCGAGACCAAUACAUCUCGGAGACUGCUGAUAUUAAGAACGUUCGUCUGUGUUUCCCACCCAUGGAUUCGCAGGUAUUUUGCAUGCACUCGAAGCUCAUGCUGUUCUUCCAUACCACAUACCUGCGGAUUGCAGUUCCCACUGCAAAUCUUACUUCCUUCGACUGGGGCAGGGAAAAUUUGAUGGAAAAUACCGUAUUUCUUAUUGAUCUACCCAAGAUUGGCAUCUCCACCCAGAAAUCCCGAACUCCAUUUUACGAAGAGCUGGUGUACUUCCUUGAGGCCACUACUCUUCACCGCAACGUGAUCAAAAAACUGGAAGAAUAUGACUUCAGUGAAACUGUACGAUAUGCGUUUAUUCAUACAAUCGGCGGAGUUAACACCGGAGAAUCGUGGCGGCGAACGGGAUACUGCGGCCUAGGUCGCGCCCUGAAAACUCUCGGACUAAAUUCACCCUCACCGAUUAACAUUGACUACGUCACAUCGUCUAUGGGAAGCCUAAAUACUGGCUUCCUACGAUCGAUCUACCUCGCCUGUAAAGGUGAGGACGGUGUACUGGACUACACUCUCCGUACGAAACCCACCAAAUCGGGGGCCGAAGCUCACAAAAAACUCGUGAAUGAAAUCAACAAAGAGUGCCUGGACCGUUUCCGCAUCUAUUUCCCAUCCGACCAAACUGUGAAAGCGUCACACCAAAACCCCGAUAAUACUGCGGGCACGAUCUGCUUUAAUCCAAAGUGGUGGAUGAAGGAGGAUUUCCCUCGGCGUGCACUGAGAGAUUGCGAGAGCUUGCGGGGAUCUUUGAUGCAUAACAAGCUUGCCUAUGUCCACCGUUCCAAGCCAAUCCCCCUGCCAGACCACAAUGAAUGCCGGGGAUGGGCUUACGUGGGAAGUGCCAACUUGUCGGAGAGUGCUUGGGGCCGUCUUACCAAGGAACCCAAAACCAAUCAGUACAAGAUGAACUGCCGCAACUGGGAAUGUGGCGUGAUCGUCCCGGUCAUCAACAAGAGCACUGAUCCAAAUGACAAUCAGAAAGCGGAGAAGGGUAAAGGGAAGGACAAAGCGCCUGAGGUAUCGUUCGAGAAUGACGAUGCACCUGCUCCUCUCCCCGUGGAGCUAUUCCAGGACACCAUCCCCGUUCCCAUGAAGAUUCCUGCCGCGGAGCUCAAUCAAAACCGGAAACCCUUCAUCUAUGGUGCUUAA